AGAGUAUGUAACCACUACGUCAUCCAUCAAUCAAGUCUAUUUAUUUACAGUCAACGAACGAGGACGGUCUUCACUUUUAUAACUGAUAUUUUAUCUCUUUGAAUGUGGACGGCGGCACGGCGGUGGUGCGAUCAGUGUUAUCCAAAAGAACAUUUGAAUGUCAACCUUUAAUAGCUUCAAAUUUCUAAGAAUCGCAUACCAUGAGCUAGGCUAUUCUAUCCGCGUGUAGAGCUGGAUGUGGUGGUGUAUGUAAAUAAUUUACUCUAUUUUUAUCAAACUUCAGAGGAAAUAGGGCGACUGUGUACAUGACUAACAAUAACGAACAAAAUGGCCGCCAGCCUCCUCUACCGCCACAACAGACAUCAAUUCGACAAUCUACAGAUCAACAAAAUCAACAGAUUAGGAAAUGUCGUGACUUUGUUUGGGGCAUAUGCACUAAAGGUGCUCAAUGUAAAUUUCGACACGAGUUAGAUGUCGAAUAUAUGAAAGAGAUUUUGAGGUUCUGUCACGACUAUCAAAACAAAACUGGCUGUACUAGAUCAGAUUGCACAUACUUGCACGCAAGUAGAGAAGAAGAAAACCUCUUUCUAACCGCAGGACAAAUACCCAGAGCUCUGGCGGAAAGAUAUGCAGCUAUGUCUAACGCACCGAUGAGCAUGUAUGUGAACGAGUAUAUAGCUCAAGCACCACCGCCACCUCCGCCGCCACCGCCGCCGCCUCCACCGCCAAGUUCUGCAUUGCCACCACUUCCAGUAUCUAUACCUACUUUAUUUGCUCCGCCGCCGCCUCCACCGCCGCCGCCGCCGCCGCCAACCACAGCUGUUGCACCUGUUCAGAUGACACCACCCAUAUUCUCAGCUCCACCUGCCUUUAAUGCUUCUGCUAUGUUUACUGCAACUCAGCCACCACCACCAUUGCCACAUAUGUUUGAUGCUAGCAGACCUCCUCCUCCAUUGCCAACUAAUGCAACUCCAAACAAAAAUGGCGCCAUCAAACGUUCUGCAGAACUUUCUGAUGAGGCCGGGCCAAGCAAAACCAAGAAAGCGGACUGCGUCAAAGUUGACGGCUGCGAAAACUGUAUCCAGCGGGAACUCAGGUCUGAGCUGUACCGCCAGGAAUUGCAGAAGCUGGAGUGUGAGCAUGAAUAUCAGUCCUACAUAUUCGAGAAGAAGUCUGCUGAGUAUGCCAAUGGUAGACUGUUGCUGAAGUCAGCUGUCAGCUCAGAUUGGUUCCGGAUUUUGGAUGAGUAUAUAGAGGAGUCAUCUGAGCCGGCGCAAAUUCAUGAUCUGCUAACCCAGUUUAAUCAAACCCCUUCAUUUGCUUCUGAAACUUCUACCGUGCCAAGACAAUUUCUACUGCAAUUGAUCGAGUGCGUUUUUCGUAAUCAACGACCUGUUGUAGAAACGCCGCCUGUACCAGUCGGAAUGGAAGAAUCUCCACUAUUACAGUCACUGGCUGGAUUCACCAGAAGAGCCAAUCCGAUUAAUCAUAUGUCUACCGACGUCAUCCAAACUAUGUUGGAAGUUUUAAGAAAUUCUGCGGCAUUAACAAAUGAAAGAAGCCUAAACGAAUCGCGCGCAAAAGAACUUUUAAAUACGGAACGAAGCAGGCCAAGUGCUUCAAAUGUUAGCAACAAUAAUUUUGGACAAUUUAUCAAUGGACAUACAACAGACAGUGCCACUUUGGCAUCUAUUACGACUCCUACAAGAUAUCCAUGCACAACCAACAUAACGGUGCGAACAUUCGCCAGUGGAAUGGUCAACACAGUGGCUUCAGCUUCGUCUCAUUCACACCCACCGACGGCGGUAUACUUGACUAAUGCGCCUCACCUGCCGAAUACACCCCUUACUUCUGCUGCACCCCGUCCACCGACUGCCCCUCAUCCAACGCCGGCCCCUCAUCCCCCGGCUGCUCCCCAUCCUCCAAGCGCACCACAUCCCCCGACUGCGCCUCAUCCCCCUAGUGGUCCUCAUCUUCCACAAGCAUCUCAUCCUUUAACUGCACCCCAUCCGCCUAGUGCUUCCCAUCCACCGACUGCCCCGCAAUCACACGUGAGAGCAGUGACUACGCCGUCAACGUAUUUACCGUACCAGCCGGCUGUUCCUCCACCACCUACGAGAGGUUACUAUCCACAAGCUUAUCCUUCUACGUCAAGUAGUGUACAAAAUGCCCAUCAAACAUAUCCAAACUUUCCUGUGCGAGUGGCAGUAAAUCCUCAAAUGGCUCGUUCUUCAACGGCAACGACGGCGACGGCGACUGCGACGGCACCAGCACCGUCGGCGCAUAAUGCACAAAAUUAUAACGCGUAUCUUAUGGCCAGAUAUCCUCCCCAGCCACCUUUUGGUCCAUACCAAUAACAUUGCGGUAUGUACAUUCAAUAUUCAAUAUGAUCAGUCCAAAGCACAAAGAUAAAUAAUUUAUGACGACGCUCUCUACAGCGAAAUUUAUUGCGAAUGCUGAUGAAAUAUUAUUAUUAUGUUGACUAAGCAAGAUGGUUAAUAUGUGUAUUUUGUGCAAAGUCAACCUUAAAGGAUUUUCUUAAUUUAGAAGGGUACAGGGACAAAACAAGGAAUGCUACUUACACAAGUUUUUGUAUAAUACUUAGAAUAGUUACACCUAGAACGAUAGUUCUCUUCAAAACGCUCUGUCAAAAGUGAAACAAGAUUCAAAUUGAUGUGUGCAUAAGAUUCCUGUAUUUACGGUAGACGUAUCGCACACAUUGAAAAAAUAAUGCUGACAUUACAUUAAAUUUUCCCUAUAAGUGGGGAAACACACAGCUAUUUAAAGCCUCUUACUUAAUUUUUGAAAUAUUAUAUUGUUAAGUUCCUUGUGCUUUUCUAAUGUACUGUGACAUCUGUGCACAAUCCGUCAUUGUUAAUAAAAAUAUCGCCAGUAGUUUUCAAUACGAAAUGACCUUGAGCACUGAUAGAUUCUAGAUGUAAUUAUUCUGAGGUAUACACACGUACCUUUUAUUUGUUUUUGCUUGACGUUUUGGCAGGGUUAAACCUGCCAUGGUCACCAGCAGUGUCUGCUUCUAACCAUGGCGGAUGUAAUCCCGUGAAACAGUAAAGUAAUAAUAUGUAAUGCGAAAGUUUAAAAAUAAAAUGUCCUUUAGAACCCAUACGGAGUAUAUAUGUGUAUGGGUGACGCCUUCAAAAUAGGCUUGUGUCUGUUGCUGUACUAAUUGGCAAGUUAUUUUGGUAGGUGAUUCUUCUACAUUCUGGUUUUCUUCUUCGCUUAUGCAUGAUGAAGUGAUGUUAGGUAGUGGCACAUUUUUGGUAGUCCGCAGCAGUACCAUAAAAUUCAGUAUCUGCCUUACUUGAAUGGUUGCCGUACUUAAUGUAUAUUUCAUUUUUGUGUGACAUUCCUUGUUUUGCCCCUGUUCCCUUUAUGAUGUAUAAAAAAAAAUAACAUGAGGCUUUUCGAAAGCUGCGAACUUUUAAGACUGAUAGGUUAUAACAUUAUAUAAUAAUAUAUUUUUAUAAUAGAUCUUGAAUUUUAGGCCAGUUCAGAUAACGUUUGGACACUAAAAAAUGUUAACCGUAUAUCGUACCAAUGACGUCAUUCCCAAAAU